AUGGCCUUAGGGGCAAAAUUGGCGUGGAGAAUAUAUGCAUCCUCAGAAGCAAAAUGGGCUAGAAUCGUAAGGAGAAAAUAUAUGUCACAAAAUCAAAGAGAGGCUAUUUUUAGGGAAGCACGUCCUCCCAAGGGAUCUAGAAUCUCAAACUUUAUAAGAGAAAGUCAGACACUCAUUAUGAAGUACCUAUCCUGGGAUAUUCAUGAUGGCAGAACAACUUUGUUCUGGGAGGAUUCCUGGGGUGGUCACCCCUCAAUUGACAGUCUAAAAGAUAUAAACAACGUUAAAGAUCAAAUGAAAUCUUUAUGGGGGAACCAUGUAAGGGAUUACAUGGUGUUGGCACUUGAAUCAAUAACGGGAUGGACGUGGAAAAACAUGUCCCAUUUAUUAGUGGACAAUAUAGAUCAAGUAUUGCUGCAAAUACUAGAAGGCAAGACAAUAAUUCUUAGACCUGGGUCGAAUGAGCUUAUAUGGUCAAAAUCAAAGAAUGGACAAUAUAACUGCAAAGAGGGUUUUAGAACCAUUUAUGAGGAGGCAAACAUAAUCAAAGACUACUCCCCAAACACAAUUUGUUUGGAUAAAUCUAUACUCCCAAAAGAUGGUUUUUUUGCCUGGGUAGCAUUCCAGGGGAAAGUUCUCACAACAAAUCAAUUUAAACUCAGAGGUACGGUAGAGCUAACUGUCUGUACGGUUUACCCGCGGGCCCGUGGCCGCCUGCCACGUGGCGGGCGCGGUCCUCCGGUCUUUGGGAUUGGUGUCCGUGUGGCGGGGACGAGCAGCGGAGCGGCGGGAGGACUAAGCCGAGGCCGGAGCGGACGUUGCCGGAGGAAUGCGGGCUCAGAGCGGCACCGGCCGGGAGGAGAACCUGCGGGCAGCGGCGCGGGAGGGAGACCCGGGAGGCGGGCGGGGGGCCGGGAAGCGGUGCCAGCGAGACUUCGGCGAGACUUCGGCGCGUCGAUGAACGGAGUCUGCAGGUUCCAAGCGGCGGACGGUGACGGUACAGCCAGGAGCGGAAGCCGGGGUCGAGGUACGGUCUGCGGCAGACAGGGUACACGCGGCGCAUAG